AUGUCCUUCCUCAAGCAUCUCUUACCGGCCUCAGAUGAGCUACCCAAACCCCAGCUAACGCUCAACCGACAUCAACCAAACACGCAGCUUACGUCAAAUGCCGAACCCGAACCACGUGUUACGUUCGGUCAGAUCAGGAAGGCGCUGUAUGAUCCCGACGAUGAGAACCAUCCAUACGAUCCCGGAGCGAAACAUCGGGUUACCAACGUCCUUAUAGUACCAGAUUCCGACAUCUCCCCAGAUGCGAUAACGGUUGAAGAUGUUUUGCGUGCAACAAGAGACUUCCUCGCUGCUGAGACCUUGGCGCAGGAGCAAUCCCGUGCUGCUUCGAAGCCAGAAUUUGUCUUCGAGAAGAUAAUCUGCCACCCUAAGGGGAAGGAUCUGCCUCAGUUCAGCACAGCCUAUGAGUUGAGGAACGUUAACCAUGGAAGUGAAUCUACGAUACCGAUAAGGAAUUUGGGCAUGGCCGUUGACCUGGACAUGUUGAAGAGGAUACGGGCAGGGAAGGGCCCUCGGCCGUUCAAGGCAGAAGAUCUGGUCGAGAGGCUGCGUCUGGAACCCAGACCUUGUCUGAGUUCCGAGGAGUUUCCGUACAAUGAGGAGACCUACGACGAGCUCCUGACCGUGCUUCGAACAUGGAAUAUGCAUGUUGGAAAUAACCCAAGUUGCACCCACACGCGACAAGGAUUGCUUGAUGCUCUCAAAUCACGAUGCCGGCUGAUAGACGAAGUCGAAAAGGGACAUCAAGACGAGAACCUUCUCGAGCAGCAGACUUUGUGUCUGCGUCAGACUCUUCACGCAUACCGGCCCGAAUUGAAGAGCUUUGAGGAUCAGAAUGUUAUCCAUCAGUUGAUCAUUAUGAUUGCGAAUCAAGGCAUCGCCAUACCGGGUCUGGAUAAUGAGAUGAGAGACCAAGCCGUGGAGAUACUCUUCAGGGAGUACCGCUCGAGGCUAUAUCUUGGCACGGAACACUCCGCGAGGAGAGAUCGACUUGACGCAGAAACCGAACGAGCGAAGCUUCAAGAAGACGACACUGAAGUGCAAGAGUUGGUGAAACAGAGGAGACAGCUUGAUAAAGAGAGUUGCAACCAAGCCUCAGAGGAAGUGCGGUCCGCCAUCAGAAUUGCUCGAACUUGCCUGUGCGAGAAGGUCUUGAAUGGACUCCAGUCUCUAACGGAGCAGCAAGCAGGCCAGAAGUGGGCCGCAUGUAGCAUAGCAAAAGCCCCAGCUUCGGCAAUCGCGCAGAGCUGCAUUGAGGAUGGCGACGCGGUAGAGGGCAUGCUCCCGGAUUGGGAUAUCGACCACGCCUUGAAAAGUGUAAUCGAGCGUCUGCACAAGAUGAAUCGCCUGGGCAGUGACAACGCUAGGCUUGUCACGAAACUCGCGGGCCUUGAUGUCCCGAAGAGCGAGCGAAAGGCUGUCAUGGAGCGACGACGGAAUGAUGCCAGGACUCCAUAUAUCAUGAUGGAGGUUGCCAAUCAGAGCUCGCAAUUGCAGGGGAUGUCGCAGCGCGUCCUUCUGCGUAUGGACGAGCUAGACGACACCUUCGAUGGCGUCCUGGACGCAGGCAGGGCCAGCUCCCAUGCGCAUAACACGCUGUUGGCGAGAGUAGACGAAGAUGACCUGUACCACAGUGAAGAGAAGUCUUAUCUAGUCAAAGAGCCCCGGGCUAUAGUAAGUGGUGGUCAAGAGGUUGUCAAAGCGGGAGGUGCGAUGGUUGGCGAAGGAGACCGCGGGAAAUGCUGGAAUCAUUGCAAGAAUCAGUAG